AUGCUUGCUGAGAAAAGCCGCCUACACAAAGCCUACGUAGAUCACCCCACUGAGGACAACAAAGCUGCCUUCUACCGCUGUCGGCGCCAGCUUCAGCAACGACUGCGCGAGAUGCAGGACGCCUUGACUGCUCGCAAAGCUGAGGAGAUCCAAGGCUACGCGGACCGCAACGAAUGGAAGAAAUUCUUCUCCGCGAUCAAGGCUGUCUACGGUCCGCCAACGAAGGGCACUCCUCCUCUCCUCAGCGCUGACGGCAACACUCUCCUGACUGAGAAGACGCAAAUCCUGCAGCGAUGGGCCGAGCAUUUCCGAGGCGUCCUCAACCGCCCCUCCACCAUCUCCGACGCCGCCAUCGAGAGUUUGCCGAAUGUGCAGACCAGCGUGGACCUCGAACUCCCGUCAACUCCCCAGGAAACCAUCAGGGCCGUGCAGCAGCUCUCCAGCGGGAAAGCACCCGGAUCGGACGCAAUCCCUGCUGAGGUCUACAAGCACGUGGGUCCCCAACUGAUGGAUCACCUGACUGCGAUCUUCCAGGUGAUGUGGCAUCAAAGGGGAGUUCCGCAAAAUUUCAAAUAUGCAACCAUCCUGCAUCUCUACAAGCGAAAAGGAAGUCGCCAAGUCUGCGACAAUCACCGUGACAUCUCCUUCCUGAACAUCGCCGGGAAGAUCUUUGUGCGAAUCCUCCUCAACCGUCUCAAUAACCAUCUGGAACAGGGCGUUCUGCCUGAAAGCCAGUGCGGCUUCCGUCGUCAUCGUGGGACCACGGAUAUGAUCUUCGCCGCCCGUCAACUUCAGGAGAAGUGUCAGGAAUUGCGGACUCACCUGUACUCUACCUUCGUGGACCUGACGAAAGCCUUCGACACGGUGAAUCGUGAAGGAUUGUGGAAUAUCAUGCGGAAAUUCGGCUGUCCAGAGCGAUUCACACAGAUGGUGCGUCAGCUGAAUGACGGUAUGAUGGCGCAAGUCACGGACAUCGGAGCUGUCUCAGAGGCAUUCGCAGUGACCAGCGGAGUGAAGCAGGGCUGCGUACUGGCGCCUACCCUCUUCAGUCUCACGUUCUCUGCCAUACUGAUGGACGCCUACCGCGACGAACGCCCAGGGAUCCGCAUCGCCUACAGGACGGUCGGUCACCUGCUGAAUCAACGGCGGAUGCACUUCCAAUCGCGCGUAUCCACAACCAACGUGCACGAACUCCUCUUCGCCGACGACUUCGCCCUGAACACCACCUCGGAAGAGGAGAUGCAACGGAGCAUGGACCUGUUCUCCGCCGCCUGCGAGAACUUCGUUCUGGUCAUUAACGAGCAGAAGAUGAUGGUGAUGCACCAACCGCCACCUAACUCAGCCACAGCUCACAACGCGUCGCCGCAAAUCAGCGUGAACGGAACCCAACUGCAAGUGGUGGAGAACUUCCCGUCGCUACUGUAUGGAGCGGAGACUUGGAAGGUGUACGCAAAUCAGGCACGCCGACUGAACCACUUCUACGUCAGUUGUCUUCGUCGCAUCCUGAGGCUGUACUGGCAGGAUCGAAUCCCCGACACUGAUGUGCCGGAACGGACGGGAACCUCAGCAUCUACGUCAUACUGA